AUGUCACCAUCACGCCCCCUGGCUUUGCCCGCUCCCCCUUCGCCUCCAACAUCAGAGCAUUUCCACGAACCGGAGCCUUUCCGUGAACCGGAGCCCUACCCCCCCACCUUCCUUACUGAGGCCAACGGUCCUACCAGCUACUCCUCUACACCACCACCGCCUCGUAGGUGCCAACGCUCACAUGCCUUCUGCCCGUCCUGCGCUCGCUGCACGCUGCCUUUCUACUUGCAGCACCCUGAGCGGCUGUGCAAUGGUGGGCGCAGGAUAAGCUACAGGACUGUGCAGCAGGAGGACCUGGAGCUCCCCAUGGACCUGGCCAGCUUCUAUCAGAAGCUGAACCUGAUCCGCUCUGUCACAAUGAGGGAGGUGGUCACACAUAGCGUCAGCACUGACGUGUAG